AUGAAAACUGAGGCUGGAGGACCUUUACCCAGGAGGAUCGUCUUGUUGAAGAACAGUGAACUCAUCAAGUGUGAAAACCCUUGGAAGCCCAGCAUGAAGCGUGGCAGCCCUGCAACGGACCCAGAAAUGCUGACAACGGAGGCACGGAAAAAGAACAACUGGGUUCCUCGGAAAGCCGACGAGGUCCCAAAGACCACCCUCCAGGUCCGCAAAGACGCAGGAAUGAAGAAAGAGAAGGAGCAGCAAAAUGAGCAGCAACGCUCCAACGAUGACUGGAGAAAACCAGGAACUUUCGUCGCUCCUCGAUAUCAACGAGAAGAAACGAGGGGUGCCCCUUCUGUGAAUCGGACCACCAGGACCUUCGCCUCUCAAGACAAGACCAGAGAUUCAAAGCCACAGUUUGGUGACAGGAUCCAGACUUGCCGACAGGGUGAGAGGUCAUGGGCACAGAGAAGGAACAGGGACGCUCCAGCCAACAAGUCAGGAUGGAACAGGGACGCUCCAGCCAACAAGUCAGGGUGGAACAGGGACGCUCCAGCCAACAAGUCAGGAUGGAACAGGGACGCUCCAGCCAACAAGUCAGGAUGGAACAGGGACGCUCCAGCCAACAAGUCAGGGUGGAACAGAGACUCUCCAGCCAACAAGUCAGUGAAGCCACGCGUGGCCUCGGUGCCUUACACACCUGCUGUGUCUCCGGUGGAGGCCAAGACAGAGUCCAGGUCCAGGACAUACGCUGAUGUGGUCAAGGGAACCAGCAGCAAGUCAGUGAAAGCAGUGAAACCACCAGUGGACUCGACGCCUGACACCCCCACUGUGUCUCCGGUGGAGGCCAAGACAGAGUGCAAGUCCAGGACGUGGGCUGAUGUCGCCAGGGGAACCAGCAGCAAGUCAGAAUCUGGAGUUUCCCCGACCGCCGGCCCUAAGCAAGACUCUGUGCUGCCGUCAAUGAAUUUAUCUCAGCCCUGCACUCCCCCACAAGACCCAGACAUGGGAGCUCUGGAAAGCAGUCAAAACAGAGCAGACAACGAGCCCGGCGAGACGCCGCCGCCUUCACCGUCGUCCUCACAGCCCGACUUGUUAAUUCAGGAAGGCCACUGUGUAGAAGUGCAGAAUGGGCAAAGCCCUCACAUGUCUCGAAAGAUGAAAAAGAAAGCCAAGAAGAAUAGACAUAGAGAGGCCAGGGAGAAAGCAUUGAAGGAGCGAAUCACAGUGGAGCGAGGAACUUUCGUCGCUCCUCGAUAUCAACGAGGAGAAACCAGGGGUGCCCCUUUUGUGAAUCGGACCACCAGGACCUUCGCCUCUCAAGACAAGACCAGGGAUUCAAAGCAGCCACAGUUUGGUGACAGGAUCCAGACUUGCCCACAGGGUGAGAGGUCAUGGGCACAGAGAAGGAACAGAGUCUCUCCAGCCAACAAGUCAGGAUGGAACAGAGACUCUCCAGCCAACAAGUCAGUGAAGCCACGCGUGGGCUCGUGGCCUUACACACCUGCUGUGUCUCCGGUGGAGGCCAAGACAGAGUCCAGGUCCAGGACAUACGCUGAUGUGGUCAGGGGAACCAGCAGCAAGUCAGUGGAGUCAGUGGCGGAGCCGGUACAGCCGGUGGUGGAACCGGUGGUGGAACCGGUGGCGGAACCGGUGGUGGAACCGGUGGCGGAGCCGUUGGCGGAACCGGUGGCGGAGCCGUUGGUGGAACCGGUGGCGGAGCCGUUGGUGGAACCGGUGGCGGAGCCGGUACAGCCAGUGGCGGAGCCAGUAGUGGAGGCUAAGACAGCGUCCAGGACAUGGGCUGAUGUCGUCAGAGGAAACAGCAGCAAGUCAGAAGUAUCCCAGACCUCUGCCAUUCACACACCUGCUGUGUCCCAGGUGGCAGCCACGACAGAGUCCAAGUCCAGGAGAACCGGCAGAAAGUCGGUAUCAUGGGCAUCACCGAUUUCCCAGACCGCCGACCCCAAGCGAGACUCUGUGCUGCCGUCGACGCCUUUAACAAGGCCCUGCACUCCCCCACAAGACCCAGACAUGGGAGCUCUGGAAAGUAAUCAAAACAGAGCAGACGAGCCCGGUGAGACGCUGCCGCCGACGCCCGCACCGUCAUCCUCACAUCCCGAGCCGUUGAUUCAGGGAGGCCAUUGUAAAGACGUGCAGGAUGGUCAAAACCCUGUGGACCUGCGAAAAAAGAAAAAGAAAACCAAGAAGCAGCGACAAAAAGCGGCUUUGAAAAAAACACUGAAUGAGCAAAACGCAGAGGAGCCAGUGGAGCCAGUGGUGGAGCCAGUGGUGGAGCCAGUGGUGGAGCCGGUGGUGGAGCCAGUGGUGGAGCCGGUACAGCCGGUGGCGGAGCCAUUACAGCCGGUGGCGGAGCCACUUUUCUCGUCUGAACUCCCACAGGAGCUCCAGUUCACUGAGCCGGACAGCGCAGACCCCGGAGACGCUCCAUCUCAAAGCGCCGUGUUUCCAGAGGAGCUCAGCCUUCAGCUGGAGAGACUUCUCCUGGAGGACGAGGCCAGCAACCAGCAAAUCUUUGACUGGGUCGAGGCCAACGUGGAAGAACCUCAGCUGAGCUCGUCCUCCUUCGUCAGAGCUCUGGUGAAGGCAGUGUGCCAGGCCACAGUGAACGAUAAUGAAGACAGCUGUUGGAUGGACGCGCUCGUCCCCCUAAAGAAGAGAUUGCCGGUCUUACUAAAAUACCUGGAGUCGGAUGAUGAACGACAGCUGCAGGCGCUUUAUGCACUUCAGGCUCUGAUGGACUCCCUUGGUCACCCGCCACGCCUCCUGUGGUUGCUCUUCGAUGUCUUCUACUACUGGAGACUGAUCUCGUCUUCCACGUUCCACAAGUGGCUGACGAGCACGGACAACGCCGAGCAGCAAGGAAAGGAAGAGGCCAUCAAGUCGACCAUGCCGUUCUUCACUUUUCUCCGGGUGUGCGAUGAGUAG